GGGGGCUAGCUCUCGAUGUGCAGAAAAACUGCUACCAACAAACAGGAAAUGCCUAACCCGGCGGCUGCCGCUGCUGCAGAGGCAGACAUCAAGGCAACGGCGGCGGCGGCGGCAGCAGCGCCCCGAGCUGCGCUCCCUGGGCCGGCGCCGAGAGGAGGCUCGCCCCGGCGGUCUGCUGCCCCGCGCGCUCCCCCUGCAGCCAUGGGCUCCCGGCCCUUCCGCGGCAGAAACCCAGGUGUCGCUGCCUCGUGGUGGACUCUGACAGCUCUGAUUCACUUCAGUGCAUCCUUCAAUGUUGAUGUGAAAAAUGCAAUGAGUUUUAAUGGCCCCGUAGAGGACAUGUUUGGGUAUACUGUUCAACAGUAUGAAAAUGAAGAAGGAAAAUGGGUCUUAAUUGGUUCUCCAUUAGUUGGCCAGCCCAAGAAGAGAACAGGAGAUGUCUAUAAAUGCCGUGUUGGAAAUGGCAAUCAAUCACCUUGCAUAAAACUGAAUCUACCAGCUGAUACUUCAGUACCUAACGUCAUGGAAGUAAAAGAGAACAUGACCCUUGGAACAACUUUAGUGACUAACCCAAAAGGAGGCUUUCUGGCAUGUGGGCCACUUUAUGCUUAUAAAUGUGGACGUUUGCACUACACAACUGGCAUCUGUUCUAAUGUCAGCUCUACAUUUCAAGUUGUAAAUGCCAUUGCACCAUCUGUACAAGAGUGUAAGACCCAACUGGAUAUUGUCAUUGUUCUUGACGGUUCUAACAGCAUUCACCCAUGGAAGAGUGUCACAGAAUUUUUAGACAGUCUUUUGAAAAAUAUGGACAUUGGCCCACAUCAAACGCAGGUUGGCAUUGUUCAAUAUGGACAAACUGUAGUCCAUGAAUUUUACCUCAAUACAUACUCAACAACAGAAGAUGUACAGAAAGCAGCCAAGAAAAUAGUUCAGAGGGGUGGUACCCGAACUAUGACAGCACUUGGAAUAGAUACAGCAAGGAAUGAGUCUUUCACAGAGGCUCAUGGUGCACGAAGAGGAGUACAAAAAGUAAUGGUUAUUGUGACUGAUGGGGAAUCACAUGACAACUACAGAUUAGCAGAUGUGAUUAAGGAUUGUGAAAAUGAAAACAUUCAGCGGUUUGCUAUUGCUAUUCUUGGAAGCUACAAAAGAGAAAAUUUAAGUCCUGAAAAACUUUUGGAGGAAAUAAAAUCAAUUGCAAGUGAGCCUACUGAAAAGCAUUUCUUCAAUGUCUCCGAUGAAUUAGCCCUUGUUACUAUUGUUGAAGCACUUGGAGAGAGGAUAUUUGCCCUGGAAGCUACGACAGACCAGCAGGCAUCCUCAUUUGAAAUGGAAAUGUCACAAGCUGGUUUCAGUGCUCAUUAUUCUCAGGACUGGAUCAUGCUUGGCGCAGUUGGAGCAUACGACUGGAAUGGGACAGUGGUCAUGCAAAAAGACAAUACAGUUUUUAUGCCAAGAAAUAAUACCUUUCGUGACAAGUCUGAAAAAAAUGAACCUCUUGCAGCUUAUUUAGGAUAUACAGUAAAUUCUGCAACAACACCUGAAGGAGUUCUAUACAUUGCUGGACAACCUCGAUAUAAUCACACAGGCCAAGUUAUUGUUUAUAAAAUGGAAGGAAGAGAUGUAAAAAUAAUACAGAGGUUAAAAGGAAAACAAAUUGGAUCAUAUUUUGGGAGUGUUAUUACUACAAUAGACAUCAACAAAGAUUCAUUUACAGAUAUUCUUCUAGUUGGUGCUCCAAUGUAUAUGGGAACUGAAAAAGAGGAACAAGGAAAAGUAUAUGUGUAUUCUUUGAACAAGACAACAUUUGAGUAUCAAAUGAGCCUUGAACCUAUAAAGCAAACUUGCUGUUCAUUGUUAAAACAUAAUUCCUGCAAAACUCACAAGAAUGAACCUUGUGGUGCUCGCUUUGGAACUGCAAUUGCCUCAGUAAAGGACCUCAACCUUGAUGGAUAUAAUGAUAUUGUGAUAGGAUCUCCUUUAGAAGAUGAUCAUCGGGGAGCUGUAUACAUUUAUCAUGGCAAUGGCACCACGUUAAGGAAAGAAUAUGCACAGCGUAUUGCAUCAGGCGGAGAUGGGGAGAAAGUGAAAUUUUUUGGUCAGUCUAUACAUGGAGAAAUGGAUUUAAAUGAUGAUGGUCUAAUAGAUGUCACUAUUGGAGGCCUUGGUGGUGCUGCCCUCUUCUGGUCCCGUGAUGUGGCUGAAGUAAAUGUUUCCAUGACUUUCACACCUGACAAAAUCAAUAUCCAAAAGAAGAAUUGUAGGAUGGAUAAAAAAGAAACAGUAUGCAUAAAUGCCACCAUUUGUUUUGAACUCAGACUAAAGUCUAAGGAGCAUACAGUAUAUGAAUCUAGUAUACAGUAUUGGCUUACCCUUGAUUCACAGAGACAGAUAUCUCGAAGCUUGUUCAUGGGAAGCAAGGAAAGGAAGAUACAAAAAAAUAUCACUGUCAAAGGGUCAGAAUGUAGUAAACAUAACUUCUACAUGUUGGACAAGCCAGAUUUUCUGCACUCUGUCAAGGUUUUGCUGGAGUUCAAUUUUUCUGAUCCAGAGAGUGGUCCUGUUCUUGAUAGCAACCUUCCAAACUCAGUAUAUGAAUAUAUUCCUUUCACCAAAGAUUGUGGACUCAAAAACAUAUGUACUACUGACCUGGUUCUGAAAGCAAAUGCAAGCAUAGCUGGUAACAGCUCUUCUCCAUUCAUUGUAAAAUCAAGCAAUGACAAGUUCAAUGUCCUACUAUCUGUCAAGAAUAAAAAAGACAGUGCCUAUAAUACCAGAGUUUUAGUUUGGUAUUCUUCAAAUAUUAUUUUUGCUGGAAUUGAGGGUAUACAGAAAGACAGUUGUGAAUCCAAUCACAAUAUCACUUGCAGAGUGGGGUACCCUUUUCUAAAAUCUGAAGAAGAGAUUUCUUUCAGAAUAGCAUUUCAGUUCAAUGUUGCUUACCUUCUAGAAGUGGCUACUGUUCAGGUGUAUGUAACAAGUGACAGUGAAGAACCACCUGAAACUGUAGCUGACAACAGAGGACACAUUUCAAUUCCAGUAAAAUAUGAAACAGGAUUGAUAUUUUCAAGUGUUUUAAAAAGAUACCACUUUAGAAUUCUAGCAAAUGAUACAGUUCCUGCUGUUAUUAAUACAACGGAGAACAUUGGGGAUGAAGUUAACAUAAAUUAUAAGAUUGAAAAAGGUGAACACUUUCCAGUGCCGCAGCUUUCACUGCAGAUUUUAUUCCCCAACUUAACUUCAGUCAAAAACCCAGUUCUCUACCUAACUGAGCUGUCAUGUUCAGAUAACGCAAAGUGCCAAACUAGUCAUCCCAUAGAUCCAUUAAAGAUCAACUCUGGGGAGCCAUUUGUGUUGUCCAAAAUAAAAGAACCUACAAAAGAUAUGGUUAUGGACUGUGAAACACACAACUGUGCGUCUAUUCAUUGUAUUUUGGAUCCAUCUGGUAUAUCUCAAGUGAAUGUUUCAUUAAGAAUAUGGAAAUCUACUUUUAUAAAAGCAAGCAUUAGCAGUUUAACACUCAUAGUAAAAGCGUUACUUCAAAGUGAAAACUCCUCACUGAUUUUACGAAGAGAAAAUGGAAAAUUAGAGAACAAGAUUACAAUUUUCAAAGACACUCAACGCAGUGGCGUUCAAUUAUUGGUCAUUUUACUCAGUAUUUUCAUUGGGUUAUUGUUUCUUGCACUUCUUAUAUUUGCAUUGUGGAAGCUUGGAUUUUUCAAAAGGCCACUAAAGAAGAAAAUGGCAAAAUGAAGAAUCAUAUAAAAAAGAAAAGAAUGUGGCAAUUAUACAAUCUGUCCUCAGGUGUUAUAAACAUAAAUAUAAAUUUGGUCACAAGGUUUUCUAAACUCUUUCAUGGACUAAUUAGUGUCAUUCUUUUAAAAAAACAAGAAAGCAAAUGAGGUACAUAGAUGGAGAAAACAAAGGGAAGAGAACAAGUCUAUAAUGUUUGUAAUAUGAUAGAAAUAUUUUAAGUCUUUACUCAUUUUGGGCAAGUAAUUCCACUUUAAAAUUCUGAAAUGUUUUUUAUAGGGAGGCAAGCCUCUUCAUAUAUUUUUAUACAUGAAAUAAUUAUUCAUACCACAUUAUUCAAGAAACUGGGUUUUAGGCAGUAAUUGCCAUUUCUUUACUGAGUUUCCAAAUUUUUGAAAAGAGAUAACUGACUGCCAUAAUUCAUUAAUGAGACUUUCAAACCUUGAAAACACCCCAAAUACAAUAUAGUACAUUCACAAAACAGUAACCCUGAGGAAAGUGUCAUAUGCAGAGCUUUACAUGAAAUCUAGUGCAAAUCCAAGGGCUUCCCUUACUACUUACUGCAGUGUAUUCAGAUGUACAGGGGCUACUCCAAGAAAUACAUUUCUAUUAUUAAUAAGACUAUUAGGGAUUGAUAUUUUUAGCACUUAAAUAUCUGAACUAUGAAUGGAUUUCCAGAAGGUGUAAAAUUUAGCCCAGAAUAAUUUCAAGCAGAUCUGUUUGCGCAGUGUAAAUAAAUAAGCAGAUGCCCCUCUGGACCUGUAAAUUCACGUGUUCACUAAUAUUGCAGGUGCGUUUUAGAGGCACCCUGAAAAUCUGGCCCUUGUUGUAUAUCUUGGACUAGCCAGCAGGGUGCUUGUUGAAUUUUCCUUGUAAGGUUACUGUUUAAUCCAGUAUGUUUAAAGGUUUGUUGAUGAUAAAAAAGAGCACAGUUAGGAAACUUAGCACUGAUGAGCUUUUUUUAGUACCACAAGCCACACCUCAUUUUUAAUACUUACGAAUUUAAGUACUGAUACAGUAUUUGUAUAGCUGAUAAGAACCUAACAAAUGAUGUCUGUUUUGCAUCACAGAUUUAAAAGAUGAUAUAUAAGAAUACACUGAAAUUAUAGGUAGUAAAAUGUUUCUUUAAAUCCAUUUAGGAUACUCUUUUUAAUAUAAAACUGCCUCCUUUUCACAGUUACUAUAUGAUUUGUGGAUAAACCUUCACCUCUUCAAAGUAGCUUACUCAUCCACUUCCAUAGUUUCAUAGAUGUUAGGGACUGGAAGGGACCUUACGGGUCAUCAGGUCCAGCCCCCCUGCACUUGGGCAGGAAAGACUGCUGGUGUCAGAUGACCCCAGCAAGGUGGGCAUCAAGAUGCUUUUUGAAGAUCGCCAGGGUAGAUGACUGUACAACCUCUUGAGGGGAGCCUGUUCCAAACCCUUGGCACUUGACUUGUAAAGAAGUUUUUCCUUAUGUCCAGUCUGAAGUGGUUUCAGUAAAGCCACCACAGCUUUUCUCUAGAACAUAAAUCAGUUGGACAUGCUUAUUUUAUUUCUUUUUAAUAGUCUAAUAAGGAGCAGUUUAAUUCAUAAUAAUUUUCUAUUUUUGUGAAAUAGUGAUCAAAGGUGACCUAUGUAGCUCUGGAAAUUUACAGAUGAUGCUUCAUAUUUGAAAGAAGUUGUCAGAAUAGAAGUCAUGUUGAGUCCCUUUUAUGUACUCUCUGGCUUACAAAGGUAGUCAUUUGGAUGUUUUGAGACUCAUAAAUUUAGUAAGUCUGAGUUAGUUUCAAAGCAUUUGUAAUUUUUUCUUGUGCAUACAUGAAUGAUUAAGAUUUUACAAUCACCGUAUACUUGAAAUUGCCCAUCUGACUAGGCUUCUGAGUAAUAAAAAUCCGAAACUGGGCAGACUCCCAACAGGAACUCUAUGAGUCAUUGGCCCAUCUAGUUCGUGACAUUCAUAGAAAGUCCUUAUAAGUUACUGGAAUUUCUCCAAAAGAAUAGCCAUGUAACUGAGAGCAGAAUGAGACCCUCAAGGAAAGUUGGUGAAAGGCACAAGGUAAAUGGAAACAGAAGAUUGCUAUAUAGAAUAUCCCUCCUUUAUCCAGUAUUCAGACUGGCAGAGGCCUGCCCAUUUAAUAGUGAAGAUUAAGAUUUAAUAUUAAGCAGAAGCUUUAGUUGCAGUCCAAAUUACACAUUAUGUGGUAUGCAGGCUUUGUAAAAAUCAUACUAUGUGGGAUUGUCUAUCUGCUCAGAGUAUUGUUAUGGCCUUCAUCGUCAGGAUUAUAAUAAUCAUUACAAGAAAUGAGAGUAUGCAUGUAUGACUGUGGCAGAGUGGGCAGUCACAUAGCUGAGAAAAUUUUCACUCACCCACUCCCAUUCCAUAUGUGUUAACCCUUAAAGUGGAAAAGAUGUCCCGAGAGAUGCCCCUGUCAUCACACUCAAUCUGGGUUUUCAACAUCCUCAAGUGUGUCAAUUCGGUUAUCCUUUAGGGUGCCCUCUGCCCCCUCAUAUAUGGGCUUGAAGCAUACAGAGCAGGAGCAGGUGGGUGUGGCUUAUUUCCUUCAUAGCAAGACUGAGCACUCUGCUGCCACAUUGUAGACAUACCGCAAGUGCCUCACAAUUUAAUAUUUUAUCAGCACAGUACCUCUGGAAAGCAGAAGGGCUGUUAUCUCUCAGGGGGAGGGAGGUUAAGAUAAACUGAAGCAAUAAGAGAUUAAACGAUUUACCUGUAAUCAGAUAUGAAGUCUAUGAUAGUGCCCAUCUAAACUACUCUGCUUACAGAAAACUGUAACUUAAAUCGAUUCCAUCUCAUGCUUUUUGAACAUCUGUACCUAGCCUGGAGGAACUAAACCAGGCCUCCAACUCCCAAUUCAGUUCCUAACCACAGAACCAUCCUUCCUUCCCUCAUACCAUUAACCAUUGGUUCAGUGACGCAGCAUUCAUGUUAUGCAGGCCAUUUUCAUUGGACUAGGUUCUGACUCUUUAAGUAGUUCACUUUGCAACUGUAAUAAUCUCUUAAAUAGGAAUUGGGGGAUUUAAUUAAAUUUCCCAUUUAAUUUCAGAGCAGUACUGUUACUCUAUAAUAUGCAUUAGCAAUACAGCACAUGUCCCUUGCAAAAGAAUACAUAAUCCUAGAUAAGUAUUCUUUCUAUGUAAAGAAUAUCUGAAAUCAGUGUUCCAUUCAUUUUACUCUCACUUUACAUCAUAAGUGCAAUAUAUAAUUGCCCAUCUUCUCUAUUUUCAUCAUGGUGCUUCCUCCUUGCUCAUUUUGAUUAUCAAGUAAAAACUGUUUUUAAAUAGUCAUAGGUAUAGUAACUACUGCCACAGAACACCUUCCUAUCGUGCUGCCUGAAUUAGCAAAUACAAUAUUUUUAUUCCUUAGAACCUCUCCACACAAUAUCACAUAAACAAUGUCAUUGCUUACUAUAGAAAAUAUCACUGCGAUCAGUGAUACAAACACCAAAAACACUGCAGCGACUAUAACUGUUACAAAAGUAGAGUUUGCUUCCUAACUCUGUUAAAAAGCAGCAAGGUUUCAAUAUGAUGUUAAUAAUGGAUGAACGAGAAUGUUUUUGUUCUUCUAAAACAAAAGUCUAACAUUAGGUCUGCUGUAUAUAUUAAGUUUUAGGCUUAAAUUAGUUUUAAAUGACUAAGAGCUCCAAUCAUGCACAUUACCCCUCUGUCGUCAUAGACAUCCUUUGAAGCUCCUGGCACAUAUGCAAAGACUGUUUCAGGGUAGGAGCCUAAGACAAGAGAGAUCUGUUCUAGUGUUCUUUAUGUUGAUUGAAGGUAUGAAGCAUGGCGCUCUACAAGGCGCAGCAUAGAAUUUAUAAACUUGUGGAAGGGGCUUUACAUAUCUUUGCUCCAUUUCAGUCCUGGGCUGUUUCUGGGGCUAUAGAAUACCCAAGACCAAUGGUGUCAAACAUAUAGCUUGUGGGCCUGAUCCAGCCCGCAGAGCCAUGUUGCCUGGCCUGUGGGGCUUGUAGGGGCUGGAAAUUUGGGAGUGGGGUUCACUGUUAAAAUCUGGGAUACAGCUUCCUGUGGUAUGGAUCCCCAUUGUCAGUAGUGGGGGCAAAUAACAGCAACAUUAACCCCAGUGGCCAGGGUUUGAAUUAUGGAGUGGCUUGGGGGGGCUGAGCCUCCCUCCCCCAUAAGAGACAAGAGUCCCUGGUAAGAAACGAGUCCCCAACCCCCUCCACACCUUUCUAAGCAGCACAGGCAGUGGCUGCUUCUUCUGGCUUCCAGCUGCCACCGCCACAGACCCCCCCCCACCCCGCCCACCCUCCCCAAGUCGGAGUGUAAUUCAAACCCUGCCCACAGCCACUGUCACAUCCAGAUCAGUGUGUGAGGAGCCCCACUGUCCGCGUGAGUUUGACACCUCUGCCCUAAUGUAAUAUAAACAAUCCUAGGGGCCUGCCUGAGUUACAGCAUCCUCUCAGUGCUACAGUAUGAGAUAUGUAUCUGCCAAGUGUUGCUGUAGCCCCGUAAGCUGUGGCUUCUCAGAGGACAGAUACACCUCCCAUGCUAAGGUCUACAGAAAGGCUUUGGGAAAAUAAUCCAAUCACUGCUUGUUUGUUUUUUUAAGUACUCGUGCCAGGGAAAUUCGCCUCUAACUGGAAUCAGAGCUUUUGUCUCCCCUUUAAUGCUACUCUGCUUCUAUUACUAAGCAUAAGAGGUGAAGUUGGAGUAAGGAUCAUGCCCAAUAUAAGCUGUUGAUAUUGUGUGGCUUAUGGGUCUACAUUAUUGAUCGUUUAAUUUGUUGUACCACCUGCUGUAUGUAGUAUCAACAAAAAAGGAUGAGACAGACUAAAAGAGAGAGCACCACUGUUUGUUAUAUCACUUAACAGGAAAAACUGUUGAAAUUUUGCACUAUUUUUAAGAAAGCAAUCACAAGAAAAACUAAUUACAUGCUGCGUGACAUUCUAUGGUUUGCUUUUCUACUGUGACAUUGUUCCAUAAAAUGUACUGAUAAAAAGUAAUAAAGAUGUGUCCAGCCAA